GUGGCUACUGGAUUUUAAGAUAUGAGAAGGGAAGUAGAUCAGCAGCCCUGUUUAGAGAAGGACUACUGUGAUCCCCCGCCUGCUGUUUGCUUAGAGUGGAAAGAAUUCAAGCUCUGGUCUUUGUACCGUGCAGCCAUUGCAGAGUUCAUUGCCACAUUGCUCUUUCUCUACAUAACCUUAUCCACAAUUAUAGGUUAUUCCAAGAACGAUGAUAAAUGUGGAGGUGUGGGUGUAUUGGGUGUUGCAUGGUCCUUUGGAGGCAUGAUCUUUGUUCUGGUCUAUUGCACAGCUGGUAUCUCAGGUGGGCAUAUAAAUCCAGCAGUGACAUUUGGGCUCUUUUUGAGUCGCAAGGUGUCCUUACCAAGAGCUGUUUUGUACAUUAUAUCUCAGUGUCUGGGAGCCAUCUGUGGUGCUGGGCUUGUAAAGGCCUUCCAGAAAACUUUGUAUUAUGAAUAUGGAGGUGGUGCUAAUUUUGUAGCUCAUGGGUAUACCAAAGGAGUAGGGCUGGGUGCAGAAAUCAUUGGUACCUUCGUGCUAGUCUACACAGUUUUUUCUGCUACAGAUCCUAAGCGCAAUGCCCGUGAUUCUCACGUUCCAGUAUUGGCACCACUACCAAUUGGGUUUGCUGUAUUCAUGGUGCACUUGGCAACAAUACCAAUAACAGGGACAGGCAUCAAUCCUGCAAGGAGUUUUGGUGCAGCUGUCGUAUAUGGGCACCAUCAGAUUUGGGCUGAUCAUUGGAUCUUCUGGUUAGGCCCUUUCAUGGGAGCAAGCUUUGCAGCAGCAUAUCAUCAAUAUGUUUUACGUGCUACGCCUAUAAGACUGUUGGAAUCCUUUCGUGCUAGCAGCAAUCUAAACGUUAAUGGCAACAACAAUCAACAGAACCAAUGCUUUUCCAUUUUUAAUACAAGUUCUUGAGUUUUGAUGAGUCAUAAUUGUCUGUAAUCUUUAAAGAUCUAUGGACAUUCUUUGUGAAGAAUUUUGUAUUUAUAGGACAGUAUAUUGCAACGUCCAAAUUAAUAUACUCACAGUGAAUUCAUUUU